CGGACCACGCCCCCUCAGUUCAGCCACUGUACAUGCAGGAAAAAUAGAGCUGUCAGCUGCAAACUGUCCUCCUGUUGCUGUGACUGACCGAAGACACAAUUGACAGGAGGCCAGGAAUCAGUUAAGUUUGAAGAGAUCUUCUCAAGAUGUUGCCUCAACACCUGAAGCAGAUCCGAGUCCUUAUGCUGAAUGACAAGGAGAAUUUAGAGAGGACUCUGUUCAGACUUGAACAAGGGUUUGAGCUCCAGUUCCGCCUGGGUCCCAGCCUUCAGGGGAGGAGGGUUAUGGUGCACACCAACUACCCACUUGAAGGACAGCAUUUUAAACGACACAACUUCCGUGUUUUGGCGUGGAACUACCCAACAGGAAGGGAGGAUGACUCUGAUAAGUUUUGCUCUCUGGACCUCAAGAUAGCCGGGUCCUAUCAGUACUACUUUGGAUAUGGAGACAUGGAGCAGUCAGGAGGAGGAUACUUUGUUGUUGACCCACUCCUUCGUGUCGGAGCAGACAAUCAUGUUCUCCUAUUGGACUGCAUCACCAUCCAGACCUACCUGUCCAAAUGUCUGGGACACUUGGAUGACUGGCCAGAUAGACUGAGAGUAGCCAAGGAGUCAGGAUACAACAUGAUCCACUUCACGCCUCUCCAGACUCUAGGAGAGUCCAGGUCGUGUUACUCCUUGGCAGACCAGCUGACCUUCAACCCUGAGUUCAGCCCAGAGGGUCAGAGCUACGGCUGGGCUGAUGUGGGGGAGCUGGUGGAGAAGUUAAAGAAAGACUGGAACAUGCUGUGUAUUACAGAUGUGGUAUACAAUCAUACUGCUGCCAACAGUGUGUGGAUCAAAAAACACCCAGAGUGCGGUUACAACCUGGUGAACUCUCCCCACCUGCGACCAGCCUGGGUCUUAGACAGAGCUAUCUGGCAUUUAACCACCAGAGUAGCAGAGGGACGCUACAAAGAUAAAGGACUUCCUGCUGACAUUACCAAUGAGAGCCAUCUGAACGCCAUCCGUAGUGUGCUGUGGCAGGACGUGUAUCCUCAGGUCAAACUGUGGGAGUUCUUCCAGAUCAAAGUGGACACCGCUGUGGAGCAGUUCAGGACUCUACUACAAAAUGGCACUAAACCAGACCACAGUAAGACUGGAGGGUCGAAGGGCCUGAAGAUCAUUCAGGACCCAAAUUACCAUCGUUAUGGCAACACAGUGGACAUGGACUCUGCUCUGGAGACAUUUGUACCUCACAGCUCCUCCCCGCAGCACAUCGAGGAGUGCUGUGGUUGGCUGAGACAGAAGCUGAACGAGCUGAAUGAUGAACAGUACCACAUCAUGCACCAGCAUCAGGAGCAGGCUGCCAACUGCAUUGUGGGAAAUGUGGUGUAUGAGCGUCUGGCAGACCAUGGCCCCAAACUUGGUCCCGUUAACCGGAAGAACCCUCUGGUUACCAGGUACUUCACCUUCCCAUAUCAAGACAUGACCCUGGAGCAGGAGCUGCAGCUGCUGGACCAGCCGGACAAGACGUGUCACUUCCUGGCUCACAACGGUUGGGUGAUGGGUGACGAUCCACUGCGCAACUUUGCUGAACCAGGCUCCAAUGUGUAUGUGCGUCGGGAGCUGGUAUGCUGGGGCGACAGUGUCAAACUCCGCUAUGGCAAGGGCCCUGAAGACUGCCCGUACCUGUGGGCCCACAUGCAGGAAUACACUGAAACCACAGCCAAAUAUUUCCAUGGAGUCAGACUGGACAACUGCCACUCUACACCACUACAUGUGGCUGAGUUCAUGCUGGACGUGGCCAGAACAGUUUGUCCUAACCUGUAUGUGGUGGCUGAACUGUUCACCGGCAGCGAGGAGCUGGAUAAUAUCUUCGUAACCAAGCUAGGGAUCACAUCGCUCAUACGAGAGGCCAUGUCAGCUGGUGACAGCCACGAAGAAGGCAGAUUGGUGUACCGUUAUGGAGGUGAGCCGGUCGGAGCUCUCGUUCAGCCCAGUCUCCGCCCACUGAUGCCCUCCAUCGCCCAUGCCAUGUUCCUUGAUGUAACCCAUGACAACGAGUGUCCCAUACAGCUGCGUUCAGCACUGGACUCCCUCCCCAGCUCUGCUAUGGUCUCUAUGGCCUGCUGCGCGACUGGAUCCACCAGAGGAUACGAUGAAUUAGUGCCACAUCAGAUCUCUGUGGUGAAGGAGGAGCGUUUUUACCCCAAGUGGAACCCCUCAGCGCCCCCAACCUCCACAGGUGAGGUUGGAUUCAAGUCUGGCAUUAUAGCUGGCAAACUGGCACUCAACACGCUGCACCAGGAACUGGCUGCCCAGGGAUUCAUCCAGGUGUAUGUCGACCAGGUUGAUGCAGAUAUUGUUGCAAUUACUCGUCACUGUCCCAGCACGCACCAGUCUGUGGUGUCAGUGUGCAGGACAGCCUUCUGGAACCCCAAAACCCACCAGUACGAAGCCAACGUCCCACCCAUGUUCAUACCUGGGAAGAUAGAGGAAGUGGUACUGGAGGCAAGAACAGUGGAAAGGCAUGCUGGGAGUUACAAGAAGGAUGACAAUUACAUCAACGGCAUGCCAGAAUACACUGUGGAAAUAAAAGAGCAUAUACCGUUACAGGAGAGUACAGUGGUGAAGCAAGCCGGAGUGACGUCUAAAGGCCGGUCAGAGUUUGUGCAGGAAAUCACCUUUCAGAAGCUGACACCUGGCAGCGUCAUUGCCUUCAGGGUUAGUUUGGACCCCAAGGCCCAAAAGCUGGUGGGGAUGCUGAGGUACUAUCUGUCCCAGUUCAGCCCCAAAUACAGGAGAGGCAGUGUAGCAGAUGAAAACCCACCAGAAGCACUGCAGAUGCCCCUGGCACAGCUGAUGUCUAAGCUGACGUUAGCAGACAUGAAUGUCUUGCUUUUUCGCUGCGAUUCAGAAGAACAAGAAGAUGGUGGAGGCUGUUACAGUAUCCCAGGAUGGGAGAGCUUCAAAUAUGCUGGACUACAAGGUCUGAUGUCAGUGUUGGCUGAUAUCCGUCCCAACAACGACCUGGGCCAUCCUGUGUGCGCUAACCUCAGACAAGGGGACUGGCUGAUAGACUAUGUCUCCAACAGACUGAUAAACAAAGAUGGACCACUGGCACAGGUGGGUCAGUGGUUGGCUGCCAUGUUCACCUUCUUGAAACACAUCCCUCGCUACCUCAUCCCCUGUUAUUUUGAUGCCAUCCUGGUGUCCACCUACACCACAGCCCUGGACGCAACUAACAAACUCAUGUCGAGUUUCAUCCAGAAUGGCUCCAGCUUUGUCCGUCACCUGGCGCUGGGUUCAGUCCAGAUGUGCGGCGUUGGACGCUUCCCUGCCCUCCCUCCAGUUUCUACCAAGAUCGACGACGUUCCCUACCGCAUCAGUCCAAUCACAGGCCAGAAGGAGCAGUGCUGUGUCUCAUUGGCUGCAGGUCUUCCUCAUUUCUCCUCUGGAAUUUUCCGUUGCUGGGGCAGAGACACUUUCAUCGCCCUCAGAGGACUGAUGUUAAUCACUGGGAGAUAUACUGAGGCUCGUAACAUCAUCCUGGCCUUCGCGGGGACGCUGCGUCACGGUUUGAUCCCCAACCUGCUGGGCGAGGGUCGCUGUGCUAGGUACAACUGUCGUGAUGCUGUGUGGUGGUGGCUGCAGUGCAUCCAGGACUACGCUACCCACGUUCCUAAAGGGCAUGAAAUCCUUCGCUGCCCUGUCACACGCAUGUACCCUACUGAUGACUGUGAACCCUGCAAACCUGGAGAGGUGGAGCUGCCUCUGUAUGAUGUGAUCCAGGAGGCUCUGCAGCGCCACCUGGAGGGAAUUUCCUACAGAGAGAGAAAUGCUGGUUCCAAGAUAGACAUGAACAUGAGAGAUGAAGGGUUCAAUGUGGUUGCUAAGGUGGAUCCAGCCACAGGUUUUGUGAUGGGAGGAAACCGCUUUAACUGUGGCACAUGGAUGGACAAAAUGGGAGAGAGCGAGAGAGCGAGGAACAAAGGCAUGCCUGCUACUCCAAGAGAUGGAGCAGCAGUGGAGAUAGUUGGUCUCAGUAAGUCAGCUGUGCGCUGGGUGGUGGAGCUCCACGCCAACGGACUGUUCCCUUAUGAUGGAGCUAAAGUACACAGAGAUGGUCAGGAAGUGUUUAUCUCCUACUCCCAGUGGAACCAGCAGCUCCAGCAGUCCUUUGAAGCUGGUUUCUGGGUGUCUGGGGCCCCAAAUGACCCCAAUGAGAAGCACCCGGAUCUGGUGCAUAAAAAAGGCAUCUAUAAGGACAGCUACGGAGCCUCCAGCCCUUGGUGUGACUACCAGCUGAGACCCAACUUCGCUAUUGCCAUGGUGGUGGCUCCAGAGCUGUUUACAGUGGAGAGAGCCUGGGAGGCUCUGGACGUGGCUGAGAAGAAACUACUGGGACCACUGGGAAUGAAGACACUUGACCCUGAUGACAUGGUGUACUGCGGUGUCUAUGACAACGCUCUGGACAACGACAACUACAACCUGGCAAAAGGCUUCAACUACCAUCAAGGACCAGAGUGGCUGUGGCCGGUAGGCUACUUCCUGCGUGCUAAGCUCUACUUUGCCAAGAAGAUGGGAGAAGAAACCUACAGCAAAACCGUCAUCCUGGUGAAAAAUGUUCUGUCCCGACAUUAUACUCACCUGGAGAGGUCUCCAUGGAAGGGUCUGCCCGAGCUGACCAAUGAGAAUGGCCAGUACUGCCCGUUCAGCUGCGAGACCCAGGCCUGGUCUCUGGCCACUGUGCUGGAGGUCCUCUGUGACCUCUGAGUGGCCAUUGUUGGGCUUUGAGACACACAGAAAGAGAGCGGCGAGGCCACCAACACUUCCCACUGGCGCUGGAGCUACAUCUGAUUGGAUGCUUCCAAUUACAUUCAUUUACAUAUAUGACAGAAUCUCAGGUGUGAUUACUGCACCACAAUGUCCCUCCUCUUCCAGGUCAUCACUAAACUUAGUUAAGAGGAUUUAAGGUCAUCAGAAGUAACUGAGUUCAUGUACAGACCUCUUUCCCUUAUGACAUAAAUGCAGCAUAUUUCCAGGUUGAGCCUUUAAUUAAAACUAGUAGCAGCUCCUGAGCUGAUACAGUGUCAGUGUUCUUCAGUGUUCAUUCUCUCAGAGUGUGUCACACUGCUGCUGCCAUGGCCACACAAGCAUUAAAGGUCCAGUGUGUAACAUUUAGGAGCAUCUAUUAAGUAUUUUAUUUAAGUUUUGGUUACCUUAGAAUGAGCUGUUUUUAUCUACAGACACCGCAUUUCGCCUUCUAUGGAGUCCGCCAUGUUUUCUACAGUAGCCCAGAAGGGACAAACCAAACACUGGCUGUAUUGCCUUUUGCGAGUUUCACGGCCGCUGUAGUUUCUCCUACACACACCCAUUCCCAUUCCCAGGCCAUCAAAUACAGACCCAGGCAGCGUUCAGUUGGCUGCAAUCUGCAACUUCACCUCUAGAUGCCACUAAAUCCUACACACUGGUCCUUUAAUAUCAAGUAUUAAUCAUUUUCUUGACCUGUACAGUCUACAAACCUUUUAGGUAGAGAGCUCAACAAUAUACAUCAUCAAAUGAACUGACCGGUCCCUCCAGGAUUUCUGAGAUGCCUGAUUGCAAUGCAUGUUGUGAUGUUUUAAAGUAUUUUUUGCAAUGACUUUGUGGGAGAAGGAGAAAAUUGCAAAAAUAGUUGCAUGAGAAUAAAAUUGCUAGUAGUUAGGUGGCGCAGAAUGGACAGGGAUUAGUUGAAUUGGUUGAAACUCAACUUCCUGGAGGGACUGACCAAAAACUCCUUCAGUUCAAAAUCCACAUUAAGCAAUCUGACUUUUUAUUUACUUCUUUUGAAAAGUAAGAAUUGUAAAAUUACACUUAAUCAAAUGCAUAGAAAGAAAAGUCAGAGCAAACAAACCCUCCAUGAAGUGAAAUUUGAUUCAAAUUUCAAAUAUUUCAGCAUGGCAGUGUCACAGAGCUCUCGAGUGGUACGGAGAAACCUCUGAAAUAUUUUUAAAAAACAAAAACAAUAUAUUUUAAAACAUAUAAUACUACACAAUUUCUAAAUGAAAAUACUAGCUAAUACUAAGCUAUAAGAUCUCUAAAAUGUAAUUUAACACAAGUUUUACCUUUUUUGUAAUAUCUAGUUUCAAUAUGUGCUAGUCGCACGAGUAGCGCACUCACACAUCCAUGAUUAGUUAGGAGCUAAAGUGUGAUGGUAAGAUAGUGAACGGAGGUAAAAUGAACGGUUUCAAAAACUCUGCAAUCAUGGCUCCAAACGGGAACUCUUGGGAAGAGAAGUGUGGACCAGGAGGACCCCUUUCCCACCAAACUAGCUCUGGUUCUUGAACCGGUUUCAUUCAGGAUUCAACAACAGUCAACAGUAAUCUUCUUUUAGGAACAAACCUGCCUCCUGGGUGAACUCUCUAUAGCUGAAUAGGGUCGGCCUAUGCUGCUGUAUUUUAACCUCGGUCAUAAUGGUGGUAUUUGGAGAGCCGAAUAUUUUCUGAGGUGCUACGCUGGCUAAAAGGUUUGACCUAAUAUUUUGAAUGAAUCAAAUAUAACUGAUCCCAGCCCUUUGGUGUUGAUAUGUGUAUAAUCAUACACUGAAACACCCUGCAGCCAGCACCCAAACCAAAAAUGGGCAGAACAUACAUACUUACUGAGCGGGUGCUUUUAUUUCUUUUAUACUCAAGUCCAGUAACCUGUCACUGUGUGCUUUUACACCUUGAACCCUACCUCCUGAUCGUCCUUGUGACCCGUCUAAACAAGUGACCUGAACACCUUAAAGGUGACUGAAUACAUGCUCUAACACCAGUGACAUACACAGUUCUCCAAUUUGUUUAAAUCUAUACCUUCAAGCUGCAAUAAGGAACGUUUAUAAAAAUAACUUCUUGUCAUAUUUGCUGAUAUUCAGACACUUGGGUUGGUCCCAAAGCGUCUGUAUUUGACUCCCUGGGAUUGAGACUCAACAAUCAACUCUCUUUAAGCCUCCAACCCAAAGCGUUGUUACAUCUUUCUUGGCUCUGAUUGGUUGUUUUUGUUCAGGCCCGGUGGAUUCUCACAAAUACCAUUAGGAGCACUAGGAGGAGCCAGAGGAACCUGAUUGUUUCACAAAUUAUCCGUCUCAUGUACCACUGUCAGGAUAUAGUGAAAGUUUCAUCAAAUAUGAGUUAUUUCUAUAAAAAUUAUCUAUUGCAGCUUUAAAGGGUCUCUUCCAUAAAGAAUACUGAACCCUCCAUCUGAUGCCUUUAUACUAAUACAACUUCCAGCUGUUUCAUUUUCCCCACAAGCCUUAUGAUGUAGUUAAAUAUUUCUAUCAUUCAACUGUGUACUAAUGUUUUGUGCAUGAACGUUGUUUUUGUGUCUCUAGUGUUUCCUCUAGUGUGUAACCAUGCUGCAGAUACAUGGUCUUAUAGCUUUAGAUGUUACACAGAAAUACCACAGCAGAUAUACAAUAUGAACUAAAGUUCCAACAUAAGUUGUUUUCAAACACACUGAGAAAAGUCAGUGUGUAUCUGAACACUGGACAUGCUUAAGGUCAACUGUCACUGAUGUCAACUGUUCUGUUUUGCAUUUUAAGACUUGAUCACAACACAUCAUCUAGUCUCUUUGGAGUCUUGUUUCCUAAUUCUCACUCAGUGUGAUAGCGUUGGUAUCUUUACUAACCUCCAUUAAUAAGAUGUCGCCAUUUUCAAUCAUGGUUCUGUUCACGCUGCAAGCCUGUGCGCUCAAUUCUCAUUUAUUGCUCAGAUCUGAUUUUUUUUGUCUAUUCAUAUAAUUUUUUCAAUGUGGCCCAUAUCCGAUUCAGUGGUCACGGUCCUGAACAUAGGACUGCAAACAGCAUUUUGUUCAGAGAUGAUGAUGACGAGGAGAAAGAAAGAAAGCCAGAUUUGACUUCAGUACGGAGGUGUGUGUGGAUGCAGUCGGAGCAAACGGACCGGUUACAAUUCGACCCCUCUAGUUUUACUUGUACAGAAGUGUCACCCUGAAUACUUCUGAAGACCUCACUCUCCCUCCACUGACUGCCUCCUCACACUGAGUGACUCCCAACAGCGCAGGAUUGUGACAAAUGCCAAUGGAAAGUUACAGAAUUCACAGAAGUUCACAGAAUCAGACCUGUAUCUGAUUUGGGCCACUUUCAUAUGUGGUCCAAAUCAGCCAAGCACAUCCAAGCACAUGUCAGGAAAAAACUGAUCACAUUUGAGUAAACAAAUCAGAUUUGCGCCACUUCUGCCUGCAGUGUGAACACUGAAGCUGAGCUACUGUUACUUUAUUGAGACGUAAAAUUACUGGUCGAGUGAUUAUAGUCAUAGUCAUAAAACUCCUCACAAUAACCAGCCUGUUAUUAUUUAGUGUAGCACUGUUCUUAUUGUGCUUUGCAGUUUACUGCUGGAGAACCAACCCCUGCCUGUGCAGCUGCUGGUUUAAUAAUGGACUUACAGAACUGUUUUAACAAAGUGACAUUACAUCUGUACCAUCACACAGUGCAGUCUGUAGAAUAGUACGAAGCUCUGUGAACUGAAGCUGUGUUUUUAUGCAUAUGUGUACCAUCAGUGUGUCUGUAAUGUUUACUCUGUUUGCAUAGUGUUAAAGUCGCCAUAGGCAGACAAUAAACUGUUACAUGAC